CUGUCACGUGAUGAGGGCUGAUCAUGUUCUCGAACUGAAAAGGGAAUCCUUAUCGCGCCCCAAGUAUUCAUGAGCUCGAACAUCGAAGGGGAUGAAGUGCCAAUUGCUGUCUUGCCAAUCAAAUACUCUCAAUCCAUGCACCCUAAUCUCCACCUGCACCAGUUUCACCUCCUAGGCAGGUCGCUAGUGGUACCACCGGAAGCUCAGGAAGCUGGGAAAAUUAUCAAAGCUCGAUACAAAUCAAAAACAGGGCGCUACGAGAUUCAUCUGCCAAACGACGUGCGAGCCUCUCACUGGAAUGCUGGAAAAGGGCUUGGAUAUGGUUCUGCACGCUUCGAACAGGACCGGGAGGAGGCUGCUGUUCACGACAUCAAACUCAAAUCGAAAGAGCCACAAGAGACUCGGCUUAGUGAAACUCGGCUUACCAGCGAAAAAGUGGAGCACCAUGGAGAAUACGUGAUUGGUGUCGUUCGUGAUGGUUGUCUUCACCUCCAUCCCAUCAGUGAAACUCAUCAGUUUAAGCCCAAUCUCUCAUAUCUUGAUUUUUCAAGGAAGACAAGUUCCAAAAGAGCAGCCUUAGGGGCGCCCGUGAACCCAGCCUCUGAUGACGAAGGGCCUGACUCUGACGAUGCGGAUGAUGAUCACCCUGCCGUUGGAUCGGCGGCUUCGAAGCCAAAGAAAAGGCCUGGGGCAGGUGCAGGGCUCCGAGAAAUUAGCGUGUCGGCUAAGCGGACAGACGAUGGCUGGCAAGGAGCAUCUUUGUCUGAUGUACGGUUAGAGAUAAUGGCGAAAACUCAAAGUGAAAGAGAAGCACGUUGGUUUGACUUGGAAUACCGUGGAAUUGAGAGCGUUGAAGGUGGUGAAGCGUAUGAAAAGCUAUUUUCAACGCGUUCGGAUGUGCUUGAAUGCGCUUCGAGUAUGAGUAGCAUACUAGAUAACGUCAAAGGCCUGCGCUGAAGAUCCUCGUUCACCCUGGCUGACGUCCCACGCCAUAGGCAGACUGGUUCAUGAUAUUGUAUGACGGGGGUACAGUCCAAUGCGGCUCUAAUACGCAAUGAAAUAACCACGUGUUACACGAGAGGGUGACUCAGUGAUGGUGGUGUGCCCGUUGGAAGCGAAGCCCACUGU